AUGGAAUCGGAAGACCUGCCCUUGGAUGAACCAGGUCUUCCGAAUACGACUGGUGCUUGGGAGGUAGACCGCCACAAUCGGAUAGCACAGGUCUGCAUUGCGGUACUAUCCUGCUUCCUAUCAGGUGGAAUCAUAUUCGGAUUCGCAGCCAUCAAACCAAUCCUGAUCAAAGAGGGCGUGUAUCAAGAUCUAUGCUCCCAACAUGAAAUUAGCCAAGGCGUAUCAGUAUGCUACGGACAGGAAAUCCGCCUAAACCUAAUGUUCACCACAGCAGCCAUCACAACAAACCUCUCCGCACUUCCCAUAGGCACAAUCCUCGACACCUACGGCCCACGAGUAUGCGGACUCAUCGGCAGCUGCCUCCUAACCAUCGGCUCUCUUUUCUUCGUCUUUGGCAGAUACAUACCCUUCGACGCAUACAUCACAGGAUACCUCUCCCUAGCCCUUGCCGGACCAUUCAUCUACAUCUCCUCAUUCCAUCUGUCAAACACAUUUCCCACGCGCUCGGGGUUGAUUCUCGCUAUGUUAACGGGGACGUAUGAUGCGUCUACUGCGGUUUUUCUGGCAUUCAAUUUGAUUAAUGAGUAUACGGAUGGGUUCUCAACGCGGCAUUUCUUCUUGAUAUAUCUGGUUAUCCCACUAUCCAUACUCGCCACACAAGUUACAGUCAUGCCAGCAACAUCAUACAAAACAGUGGGUGAACUAGUCCUACAAGCAGAAGCUCAUAUGGCCACAGAAGCAAACCAGACUGUCCAUGAGGCCAGCCAUCAUCGAGAAAUCAUCAUCAAGAUCCAUUCCUUCCUCACUUUCCCCAACAGCACACACAGAAUUACUUCUUCAAUUAGACGGCAUACAACCCAUCUACCACAGAAUCAGAAUAAUCACCUACCCCAGACCCAGAAUCACAAAGACAAAGAUCCCAUCCGUGGAACCCUCCACAAUCUCCCCGCGCACGCCCAAAUCCUAUCCCCCUAUUUCAUCCUCUACACCCUCUCCACGGCCCUCGCUACCCUCCGCAUAAACUACUUCCUCGCUACUAUCCACCACCAGUACACAUCUCUCCUACAUUCACCUGCUCUAGCAAGCCACAUAACCAAAACAUUCACAAUUCUCCUUCCCGUCGGCGGUAUCCUCGUCGCACCCCUUACAGGGACAAUACUCGAUACAUUUCCCACAACCUCUAUCACACUCAUUCUUGUCAUCGCGGGAACGAGCAUGGGUAUCAUGAAUUGCAUCCCAAGUCUCCCCGCAGCAUACAUAACCACAGCCCUCAUGACCCUUUACCGCCCCUUCUUCUACGCGAGUAUAUCAGACUACGCAGCGCGGGUCUUCGGAUUCCGUAAUUUCGGGACGGUGUACGGGCUUGUUAUUUUUAUCUCUGGGGUAGUGGGGUUCGCGCAGGCUGGGUUGGAUACCCUUGCUUGGAAAAAAGAAAACGGGGUUAUUGUGGUUAAUUGGGUGUUUACGGGUGUUGUCGGGGUUCUGGGGGUGUUGUGGAUGGGUGUUAUCUGGUGGAGAGUGCGUUGUAUUAUUGAAAGGAUGGAUUUGGAGAGCGUAGAGGAGAGGGAAAGGGCGCCAUUGCUUGUCGACUCGGUCACUGAGAAUCAGUACGAAAGUACGGGUAAUCCAUAA